CCACCAGCAAUACUCCAGUUCUCUACCUACCGACCAACUACCUACCUACACCCCUCCACCAGAAACCACAAAGAAAAGCAACCCCAAAAUGUCGUCCUCAGACCCCCAAUCCUCCCAACCCCCCCGCAAACCCUACAACCUCCGCAACCCGCUCCCCCUCUCCGCGGCCCAAGAAUCCGAAGUGAAGCAACUCUACUACAAGCGCGUUCGCUCCCUCUGUGCGCCUGAAAUCAAAGCAUUCGCCGAAUGCGCCGUCAACCGCACCAUCACCGCAACAUGGGUGUGUCGGGAACAACGACUCGCCAUGAACUCGUGUAUGGUUGCGCAUGCGAAGCCCGAGGAAGAGGAUCGGGCGCGGGAGGAGUGGUUCGCGACGCAUGAGGAGAGACGGAGGGCCAAGGAGGAGGAGGUUAUUCGGAUGAUGAGAGCGGAUGAGGAGAGGAGGAAGGCGGCGGCUGCUGGUGCUGCUGGGAAGGCUUAGAGUUGGGGUUGGGGGGUGGGCGUAUAUAGGGUUUUUGUAUACUUUGUUUUUGUGGUUUGUGUUUGUGGGUUUGGCGUUCGUUUUUGUGUGUUUGUGUUUGUGUAUGCAUACG